GCUGCCACACUUGGUUCAUUCCAGCUGCAGAAGCUCAGAGCCUUCCAUGCGCCGAGCCGAGGACUAUCCCAAUCGCAAAGGGGGAGAAAAAGGGGGGAAAAUCCGCCACCAACCAACCCCCAGCACGCCCCAUUCCUGCCGCCCUUUGACAUGCAACCUUCCUUGGGAUGGGACCGGCCGGGAUGCAGCUGCAGCAUCGGAAGGAAUUGGGGAAAAUUGGGGAUCUUGGCUCUGAUGACGGUGGAAUUGAGCUCCUGGAGCCGGGUGCUGCUGCUCUCCGUGGGGCUGCUGGCUGCCUCUGCGAACGCCCAGAACUGCAGUCACAUUUUGCAUGGCCCGAAUGGGACAAUACAGAGUCCAGGCUUUCCGUAUGGAUAUCCAAAUUAUGCAAACUGCACGUGGACAAUCACUGCUGAGGAGAAGAACAGGAUACAGCUUGUUUUCCAGUCCUUUGCGUUAGAGGAAGAUUUUGAUGUAUUAUCUAUCUACGAUGGACUGCCUCAGCAGGGGAACCUGAGAACAAGGUUAACGGGUUUCCAGCUGCCUGCUCCUAUAGUGAGUACGGGGGUCGUGCUGUCCUUGUGGCUUGUGAGCGACUACGCGGUCAGUGCUCAAGGCUUCCAGGCAAACUAUGAAGUUCUCCCCAGUCACACGUGUGGGAACCCAGGCAGGCUGCAGAAUGGUGUGCAGCAAGGAACGACGUUCAGCAUCGGGGACAAAGUGAGGUACAGCUGCAACCCUGGCUUCUUCCUGGAGGGCCACGCUGUGCUCACGUGCCACGCCAGCAUGGAGAACGGAGCCUCCUGGGAUUUUCCUCUCCCCUUCUGCAGAGCUGAUGAUGCUUGCGGAGGGACGCUGAGGGGACAGAGUGGAAUUAUCUCAAGCCCACACUUUCCUCUGGAGUAUGGCAAUAAUGCAGACUGCACGUGGACUAUUCUCGCUGAACCCGGAGACACCAUUGCUCUGGUGUUCAUGGAUUUUCAGCUGGAAGAUGGAUAUGACGUGUUAGAAGUUGCUGGAACAGAGGGAUCCUCGCUCUGGUUCACUGGGAUGAAUCUGCCCGCCCCAGUUAUCAGCAGUAAAAAUUGGCUGAGGCUUCACUUCACAUCUGAUGGCAACCACAGGCAGAAGGGGUUCAGCGCCCAGUACCAAGUCAAAAAGCAAAUGGAAUUGAAAUCCAGAGGGGUGAAGCUAAUGCCAAGCAAGAACAGUAACCAGAAGACAUCAGUGUUAACUCAGGUUGGUGUGUCCCAGGGACAUAAUAUGUGUCCAGACCCUGGGAUUCCAGAGAGAGGCAAAAGAAUAGGCAACGAUUUUAGGUUAGGCUCCAGCAUCCAGUUCACCUGUAACGAGGGCUACGAUUUACAGGGAUCCAAAAGCAUCACCUGUAAGAGAGUGAGCGACAUCAUUGUUGCCUGGAGUGACCACAGGCCAGUGUGCAGAGCACGGAUGUGUGACAUGUACCUCCGUGGCCCCAGCGGUGUGAUAACAUCUCCCAACUACCCCGUCCAGUACGAUAACAAUGCCUACUGCGUGUGGGUCAUCACUGCGCUCAACCCAGCCAAGGUUAUCAAACUGACCUUUGAAGAGUUUGAACUAGAAAGAGGAUAUGACACUCUGACAGUUGGUGAUGGAGGACAAGUGGGAGACCAGAAGUCUGUGCUUUAUGUCUUGACAGGCACCACAGUCCCCGACCUCAUUGUCAGCACACAGCACCAGAUGUGGCUCCUCUUCCAGACAGACAGUGUCAGUAACCUGCUGGGAUUCAAAGCAACGUACGAAGAGAUCGACCAGGGGAGCUGCGGGGAUCCCGGCAUUCCGGCCUACGGCAGAAGAGAAGGAUCCACAUUUCGCCACGGGGACAGUUUGAAGUUUGAGUGCCAGCCUGCCUUUGAGCUGAAGGGCCAGAAAACAAUUACCUGCCAAAAGAGUAGCCAGUGGUCUGCUCAGAAACCUGUCUGUGUUUUUUCCUGCUUUUUCAAUUUCACCACCCCGUCUGGGAUCGUGCUGUCGCCGAAUUAUCCCGAAGAAUACGGAAGCAGCUUGCACUGCGUUUGGUUGAUCAUAGCUAAACCUGAGAGCAGAAUUCAUUUGGCUUUCAAUGAUUUUGACGUGGAGCCUCAGUUUGAUUUCCUAGCCGUGAAGGACGGCGGCACUGCAGAGUCUCCAGUGCUGGGCACCUUCUCAGGAAGCCAAAUCCCCUCCUCGCUGACCAGCAGCGGCCACGUCGCCAGGCUGGAGUUCCAGACUGAUCACUCCAUGGAGAAGAGAGGCUUCAAUAUUACCUUCACCACAUUUAGGCACAACGAGUGCCCAGACCCCGGUGUGCCUGUGAAUGGGAAGCGCUUUGGGGACAGCCUGCAGCUCGGCAGCUCCGUGUCCUUCCUUUGUGAUGAGGGCUUCAUCAGAACCCACGGCUCAGAGACCAUCACCUGCAUCCUGAAGGAAGGGAACGUGGUCUGGAACAACGCCGUGCUCAGAUGUGAAGCUCCAUGCGGGGGCCACCUGACAUCUCCCAGUGGCACCAUCCUGUCCCCUGGCUGGCCUGGCUUCUACAAGGACUCCCUGAGCUGUGCAUGGGUGAUCGAGGCCCAGCCAGGCUACCCCAUCAAGAUCACAUUCGACAGGUUUAAGACGGAGGUGAAUUAUGACACCCUGGAGGUGCGAGAUGGCCGGUCCUACUCGUCGCCACUGAUAGGUGUCUAUGAUGGGACUCAGGUGCCUCAGUUCCUCAUCAGUACCAGCAACUACCUCUACCUCCUCUUCACCACUGACAAAAGCCACUCUGACAUUGGCUUUCAGAUCCGAUAUGAAACUGUGAAGCUGCAGUCCGACCACUGCUUGGAUCCUGGGAUCCCCGUCAAUGGGCAGCGCCAUGGCAAUGAUUUCUAUGUGGGAGCACUGGUGACAUUCAGCUGUGACUCGGGCUACACCCUGAGUGACAGCGAAGCCCUGGAGUGUGAGCCAAACUUCCAGUGGAGCAGACCACUGCCAAGCUGUGAGGCUCUGUGUGGAGGUUACAUUCGUGGUUCCAGUGGUACUAUCUUAUCCCCGGGCUUUCCUGAUUUUUAUCCAAAUAACUUGAACUGCACGUGGACAAUAGAAACAUCGCAUGGAAAAGGUGUGUUCUUCACCUUUCAUACCUUCCACCUGGAGAAUGGCCAUGAUUACCUCCUCAUCACCGAGAACUCCAGCUUUGCACAGCCCCUGAAGCAGCUCACCGGCUCCCGCCUGCCCGCCCCGCUCAGCGCAGGGCUCUUUGGGAACUUCUCUGCACAAAUCCGCUUCAUCUCAGACUUCUCCAUGUCCUAUGAGGGCUUCAACAUCACCUUCUCAGAAUACGACUUGGAGCCUUGCGAUGAGCCGGAGGUCCCAGCCUACAGCAUCAGGAAGGGGCUGCAGUUCGGCGUGGGCGACGUCCUCACCUUCUCCUGUUUCCCUGGGUACCGCCUGGAGGGCACAGCACGAAUCACCUGCCUCGGGGGGAGACGGCGUGUGUGGAGUUCGCCUCUGCCAAGGUGUGUUGCUGAAUGUGGCUCGUCUGUAACUGGAACUCAAGGUGUUCUGCUGUCCCCCAACUACCCAAUAAACUACAACAACAACCACGAGUGCAUCUACUCCAUCCAGACACAGCCUGGAAAGGGGAUCCAGCUGAAAGCCAGGACUUUCGAACUGGAAGCAGGAGAUGUCCUCAAGGUCUAUGAUGGCAGCAACAGCUCUGCUCGCCUGCUGGGCUCCUUCAGCCGCUCAGAAAUGCUCAGCACCAGCAUCAACAGCACUUCCAGCAGCAUGUGGCUCGAGUUCAUCACCAACAGUGAGAACACCAGCAAAGGCUUUGAGCUGCAGUUUUCCAGUUUUGAACUCAUCAAAUGCGAGGAUCCCGGCAUCCCGCAGUUUGGCUACAAGGUCCACGAUGAGGGGCACUUUGCUGGCAGCUCGGUGUCGUUCAGCUGUGACCCUGGCUACACCCUGCGGGGCAGCAGAGUGCUGGUCUGUCUGACCGGGGAGCGGAGAGCCUGGGAUCAGCCCCUGCCAACCUGUGUGGCUGAGUGUGGGGGUUCUAUCAAAGGAGAGACGUCAGGACGGAUUCUGUCUCCCGGUUACCCCACACCCUACGAUCAUAACCUGAACUGCAUUUGGGCCAUAGAGGCAGAAGCUGGUUGUACAAUAGGACUCCAUUUCAUGGUUUUCCACACCGAGGAGUUCCACGAUGUGCUGAGGAUCUGGGACGGUCCGGUGGAGAAUGGGAUCCUCCUGAAGGAGAUGAGUGGCUCCAUUCUGCCUGGUGACAUCCACAGCACUUUCAAUUCCGUCAUCCUUCAGUUCAACACUGAUUUCUUCACAAGCAAGCAGGGCUUCGCCAUUCAGUUUUCAGUUUCCACUGCCACUUCCUGCAAUGACCCAGGGAUUCCCCAGAACGGGAGCCGGAGUGGUGACAGCAAAGAAGCAGGAGACUCCAUCGUCUUCCAGUGUAACCCGGGAUAUGUUCUGCAAGGGGAGGCCAAAAUCACUUGUGUGCAGAUUGAGAACAGAUUCUUCUGGCAGCCGGACCCCCCCUCCUGCACAGCUCCCUGCGGAGGGAUCCUGACAGGACCAGCAGGAGUGAUCCUGUCCCCGCAGUACCCAGAGCCCUACCCGCCGGGGAAGGAGUGCGACUGGAAGCUGACCGUCUCUCCUGAUUAUGUCAUUGCCUUGGUAUUUAACAUCUUCAGUUUGGAACCUGGCUAUGAUUUCCUUCACAUUUACGAUGGACCCGAUUCGCUCAGCCCCCUGAUUGGAAGCUUUUAUGGCUCCCAGCUACCUGAGAGGAUAGAGAGCAGCAGUAACAGCCUCUUCCUCGCCUUCCGGAGCGAUGCAUCUGUCAGCAAUGCUGGUUUUGUCAUCGAAUACACAGAAAAUCCCAGGGAAUCGUGCUUUGAUCCUGGAUCAAUUAAAAAUGGUACACGAGUGGGUACAGAUCUGAAACUGGGAUCCACCAUCACCUACUACUGUGAUGGAGGGUAUGAUAUCGAAGGGGUCUCCACGCUGACGUGCAUAAUGGGAGAGGAUGGGAAACCUGCGUGGAACAAACCCCGACCUACCUGUACAGCGCCCUGUGGUGGUCAGUACACAGGCUCAGAUGGUGUAGUCCUCUCUCCAAAUUAUCCCCAGAAUUACAGCAGUGGACAAGUCUGCUUGUACUUCAUCGUCGUGCCAAAGGACUACGUGGUCUUUGGGCAGUUUGCCUUCUUCCAGACUGCGCUCAACGACAUCAUCGAGGUUCACGAUGGCCCCAACCAGCACUCUCGGCUGCUCAGCUCCCUCUCAGGCUCUCAUACAGGUGAAUCAUUGCCGUUAGCCACCACCAACCAGAUUCUCAUCAAAUUUAGUUCCAAGGGUCAAUCUACAGCCAAAGGCUUUCAUUUUGUCUACCAAGCGGUUCCUCGCACCAGCGCCACGCAGUGCAGCUCCGUCCCAGAGCCACGCUACGGCCGGCGGCUGGGCAGCGACUUUGCAGUGGGGGCUGUGGUGCGUUUCGAGUGCAGCGCCGGCUACGUACUGCAGGGAUCCCGCAGCAUCGAGUGCCUCACCAUGCCUGGAGCGCUGGCUCAGUGGAACGUCUCUGUCCCCACCUGUGUGGUGCCAUGUGGUGGAAAUCUGACUGAGCGCAAAGGCACCAUCCUCUCCCCUGGCUUCCCAGAGCCAUAUCUGAACAGCCUCAACUGUGUGUGGAAGAUAUCAGUCCCCGAGGGAGCAGGAAUCCAGAUACAGGUGAUCAGUUUUGUCACUGAGCAGAACUGGGAUUCCCUAGAAGUGUUUGAUGGAGGAGACAACACAGCCACCAUGCUGGGGAGUUUCUCUGGAACUACAGUGCCUGCCUUGCUGAACAGCACUUCAAACCAGCUCUAUCUGCAUUUCUAUUCGGAUAUCAGCGUCUCUGCUGCUGGCUUUCACCUGGAAUACAAAACUGUCGGUCUGUCCAGCUGCCCAGAGCCCCCAGUUCCUGGGAAUGGCCUGAAGGUCGGGGAGCGCUACCUGGUGAACGACGUCGUCUCCUUCCAGUGUGAGCCAGGCUAUGCACUGCAGGGGCACUCUCACAUUUCCUGCAUGCCGGGCACUGUGCGGCGCUGGAACUAUCCUCCUCCGCUUUGCAUUGCCCAGUGUGGAGGAACAGCAGAGGAGAUGGAAGGAGUCCUCCUGAGCCCGGGGUUUCCAGGAAACUAUCCCAGCAACCUGGACUGCACGUGGAGGAUAUUGCUGCCAGUGGGAUUUGGUGCUCACAUUCAAUUCCUAAACUUCUCCACUGAGCCAAACCAUGACUUCGUUGAGGUGCGCAAUGGGCCGUACGACACCAGCAACGUCAUCGGGCGCUUCAGCGGCACCGAAAUCCCAGGCUCCCUCCUGUCCACAUCUCAUGAAACCACUGUGUACUUCCACAGCGACCAUUCGCAGAACAAGCCAGGCUUCAAGCUGGAGUACCAAGCAUACGAGCUGCAGGAAUGCCCUGACCCUGAGCCUUUUGCCAACGGUGUUGUACGAGGAGCUGGUUACAACGUUGGCCAGUCCAUCUCUUUUGAGUGCCUGCCUGGGUACCAGCUGAUCGGUCACCCCGUCCUGACAUGUCAGCAUGGAACCAACAGGAACUGGGAUCACCCAUUGCCCAGGUGUGAAGUGCCUUGUGGGGGCAAUGUCACCACCCAAAAUGGGACAGUUUACUCUCCUGGCUUUCCCAACCAGUACCCCAAUUCCCAGGACUGCACGUGGCUCCUUACAGUGCCUGUGGGCUAUGGGAUCCAUCUCAACUUCACUCUGCUGCAAACAGAGCCCUACAACGAUUUCAUCACCAUUUGGGAUGGUCCUCAGCAAACUGCCCCGCAGCUUGGAGUAUUCACUGGCAACUCUGCUAAGAAGUCAGCCCAAAGCUCUUCCAAUCAGGUCCUGGUGAAAUUCCACAGUGAUGCUGCAAACGGAGGGAUUUUUGCCAUUUACUUCUAUGCCUACCAGCUCUUCAGGUGUCAGCCUCCAACCAUGGUUCCCAACGCAGAAAUCAUCACUGAGAAUGAGGAGUUUAACAUAGGUGACAUUGUGAGGUACAGAUGCCUUCCUGGCUUUACACUGAUUGGAAAUGAAAUCCUGACCUGCAAACUGGGCACUCACCUGCAGUUUGAAGGCCCUCCACCCACCUGUGAAGUGCCCUGCCCCAUGAACGCGGUGAUGACGGACUCCACCGGUGUGAUCCUCAGCCAGAGCUUCCUGGGAAGCUACCCUCACUUCCAGACCUGUUCUUGGGUGGUCAAGGUGGAGCCUGGCUACAACAUCUCCCUUACCAUCGAGUACUUCCUCAGUGAGAAGCAAUAUGAUGAGUUUGAGAUCUUUGAUGGUCCCUCUGGCCACAGCCCACUGCUCUUGUCGCUCAGUGGGAACUACUCUGCCCCUCUGACUGUUACCAGCAGCGGGAACAAAGUCUAUCUCCGUUGGUCCUCUGAUCAUGCCUACAACAGGAAAGGCUUCAAAAUCCGCUACUCCGCUCCUUACUGCAGCCUCCCGCAGCCCCCAGCCCAUGGACUGAUCCUCAGCCAGACGGGGCUGCAGCCCGGCUCCACGGUUCGCUUUGGCUGCGACAGCGGCUACCGGCUGGUGGGACACAGCACUGCCACCUGCAGCCAGCACCCACAGGGCUACUUCCAGUGGAACGAAGCGACCCCGCUGUGCCAAGCUCUCUCCUGCGGAGUUCCCAGAGCCCCAAAGAACGGCGUCGUCUUUGGCAAGGAAUACACGGUGGGGACAAAAGCUGUGUACCACUGUGACCAAGGCUUCCAGCUGGCUCCUGGUGAGCCACCCAGCACCGAGUGCCUGCAGGAAGGGCAGUGGAGCAACGGCAACCAACCCCCACCCUGCGUGGCUGUCACCUGUCCCGAUAUCAGCAGCAUUGCUGUGGAGCACGGCCGGUGGCGCCUGACCUACGAGAUCCAGUACCACUACAACGCCCAGCUGAUGCUCAUCUGUGACCCUGGCUACUACUACACAGGGCAGCGGGUCAUCAGGUGCCAGGCCAACGGGAAGUGGAGCAUCGGCGAGCCCAUGCCAACCUGCAAAAUUAUCUCCUGUGGAGACCUGCCCACGCCUCCCAAUGGGAACAAGAUCGGCACGCUGACCAGCUAUGGGGCCACUGCCAUCUUCUCCUGCAACACUGGCUACACCCUGGUGGGCUCCCGUGUGCGCGAGUGCAUGGCCAACGGGCUGUGGAGCGGGGCUGACGUGAGGUGCCUGGCCGGGCACUGCGGCGUUCCCAGCCCCAUCGUCAACGGGCAGAUCAACGGUGAGAACUACAACUACCGUGGCAGUGUGGUGUAUCAGUGCCAGCCCGGCUUCCGUCUGAUCGGGAUGUCCGUGCGCAUCUGCCAGCAGGACCACCGCUGGUCCGGGAAGACGCCUGUCUGUGUGCCCAUCACUUGCGGCCACCCUGGCAACCCUGCCAACGGCCUGACCCAGGGCGCUCAGUUCAACCUGAACGACGUGGCCAAGUUUGUGUGCAACACUGGGUACCGCCUGGAAGGAGCAGCGCAGUCGCAGUGCUUGGCCAACGGGCAGUGGAGCAGCACCCUGCCUGCCUGCCGUGUUGUAAACUGUACCGACCCCGGGCACCUGGAAAACAGCAUCCGUCAAGUGCAGCCGAGCGGUCCUCACAGAUUCAGCUUUGGAACAACUGUCUCCUAUCAGUGCAGCCAUGGAUAUUACUUACUGGGUACACACGUCCUUACCUGUCAGGGGGAUGGCACUUGGGACCGUGCCCUCCCACAGUGUCUUUUGGUCUCUUGUGGGCACCCGGGCUCCCCACCCCACGCUCAGAUCUCGGGUGACAAAUACACCGUCGGCUCCGUGGUUCGCUACAGCUGCCUGGGGAAGCGGGCUCUGGUCGGCAACUCCACGCGCAUGUGCCAGUUGGACGGGCGCUGGAGCGGCUCCCUGCCACACUGCUCAGGAGGCAGCCAGGGGGUGUGUGGCGACCCGGGGAUCCCAUCGCACGGCAUCGGGCUGGGAGAUGAGUUUGGUGUGGACAGCGUGGUGCGGUUCAGCUGUGAGCCUGGCUACACUCUGAGGGGCUCAUCUGAGAGGACGUGCCAGGCCAACGGCUCCUGGAGCGGCGUGCAGCCCGAGUGUGAAGUUAUCUCCUGUGGGAACCCAGGCACCCCCAGCAACGCCAGGGUUCUGUUUAAUGACGGCUUGGUUUUCUCCAGCUCCAUCAUAUACCAGUGCAGGGAGGGCUAUUACUCCACUGGUGUGCUGAGCAGGCACUGCACAGUGAAUGGGACGUGGACAGGCACCAGCCCAGAGUGCACAGUGAUCAACUGUGGUGACCCAGGUGUGCCAGCCAACGGCAUCAGGCUGGGCAGUGAUUUUACCUACAACAAAACAGUGGUGUUCCAGUGCAUGCCUGGGUACAUGAUGGAGUCGGACAGAGCGUCCUCUCUGAUGUGCACAAAAGACCGAACCUGGAACGGCACCAAACCUGCCUGCAAGGCCAUCGUCUGUAAAUCCCCACAAGCCAUCCCCAAUGGCAAAGUGGUGGGCUCGGAUUUCAGCUGGGGCUCCAGCGUCAGCUACGCCUGCCUGGAGGGAUACCAACUGUCCCUGCCUGCCGUGCUCACCUGCGAGGGGAACGGGACCUGGAGUGGGGAGAUCCCCCAAUGCUUCCCUGUGUUCUGUGGAGAUCCAGGGAUCCCUGCCCAGGGCCGGAGGGAGGAGCGAGGCUUCACGUACCGCUCCUCGGUGUCCUUCUCCUGCCUGGCCCCCAUGGUGCUGGUGGGCUCAGCACGCCGCUUCUGCCAGUCCGAUGGCUCGUGGAGUGGGACCCAGCCCAGCUGCAUCGACCCAACCCUGACCACGUGUGCAGACCCCGGCGUGCCGCUCUUCGGGAUGCAGAACAACUCUCAGGGCUAUCAGGUGGGAAGCAUGAUUUUCUUCAAGUGCCAGAAGGGCUACCUGCUGCAGGGCUCCACCACCAGGACCUGCCUGCCCAACCUGACGUGGAGCGGCGUGCAGCCCGACUGUGUCCCUCACCACUGUAAGCAGCCUGAGACCCCCUCCCACGCCAACGUCGGGGCUCUGGAUUUGCCAUCCCUGGGCUACACCCUGAUCUAUUCCUGUCAGAGUGGGUACUACCUCACCGGAGGGUCUGAGCAUCGGACCUGCAAAGCAGAUGGCAGCUGGACAGGGAAGCCUCCCAUCUGCCUCGCUGACAUCCGCCCCAGCGGCCGGCCGGUGGGCACAGCGCGGGACCCGCCGCUCUCCAAGCUGUCAGUGCCUGCUGAUGUGUUUGCAAGAAAUUCCCUUUGGAAAGGUUCCUACGAAUACAUGGGGAAAAAGCAGCCUGCAAUGCUGUCUGUCACCAGCUUUGACCCUGUCACCAGUAAAGUCAAUGCCACUCUGAUAGACCACAGCGGCGUGGAGCUCCAGGUUUCUGGCAUUUACAAGAAAGAAGACGUGCACCUGCUCCUCCAGGUCUAUCAGAUUAUGGGGCCAGUGGAGAUCUUUGUGAACAAGUUCAAAAACGAUAAAUGGGCUCUCGAUGGACACGUCUCAUCAGAGUCGUCCAGUGGCACCUUUGUGUACCAGGGCUUUGUGCAUGGCAAAGGGUUCGGGCAGUUUGGCCUUCAGAGACUGGACGUCAGCAUGAUGGAAAAUGAUCCAGAAUCGAUAGGACACCAUUUUGCAUCUAACAGCAGUUCUGUGGCAGCUGCCAUUCUUGUGCCUUUCAUAGCCCUGAUUAUUGCAGGGUUUGUGCUUUAUCUCUACAAACACAGGAGAAGACCCAAAGUCCCAUUCAAUGGCUACGCAGGCCAUGAAAACACCAACGUCAGAGCAACGUUUGAAAACCCCAUGUAUGACAGAAACCUGCAGCCCACGGACAUCAUGGCCAACGAGGCAGAGUUCACAGUCAGCACUGUGUGCACAGCUGUAUAGCACUCAUCCCCUGCGUGAUUCCUCCAGGGUCGGUAUCUAGCAAAUGAUUGUGUUUCACCUCACUAGUCUCCGUCCAUUCCCUCCCCAUCUCCCUCCUUCCAACCUUGUUGAGGCUGUGGAGAAGCUGCUACGCCUUGUUGGACUCUGUGUUACUCCUGAGAGAUGGCUCCAUCAUCCUCGUCCACCUCUGCAUCCCUCCAUGGAUCAUGAAGCCAAGCAAACAGCUGCUCUGCACAGCUCCUCCCAGUGGGCACCAGCCUGGUAGUGAGACCUGGGGAAGUGGAGGGCCGUGGAAACGAGGCGAUGGGCUCAGUGUGCUGCAGGGAGCAGGGGGGUACGAGGGGUCUCCUCCGCUUUUGGAGGAUCUUGGGCAGACAGGGAGGAAGCCAGGUUGCACUGCACAAGGUGCUGACUGGAGUCAGUGGAAAAUACCAGCGUGGGGCAAGGUGAGGAUUUGCUUUGUCUUCGGUUUGGUUGGUUACCCACUGGUUUGUUUUUGUGGAAGUGUUCAGAUGGGACCUUUUCGAUGGGAAAACGUUUCUCCCCUGCCUUACACUUAAUUUUCCUUGGCACCUUUAGUUGAGUUUGGGUUUCUUCUGCCAAUUUACAGGAAGUCUCUCGGAGCCUGAGGCUGCUUUCAAGGGCUGCUGAGGGAACGUCCCUCCAUCCCUGGCUCCUGCAGCCAGCUGCCCACGUCAGCCAUGCCCAAAAACCCUCACGAGAAAACUGCUGACAGACGUGAAGGGACAAAAACCUCUUUAAAAAUAACAAAUACUGAUUUCCACCUCCCCCCAAAACUGGUUGCAUUCAAAAGCCUCUGCCCUUUCCAUAUUGAUCCUCCAAAUGGCAAUGCAAUAAGAGUGCUAAUUUCUAUCCAAAGCUCUUCCCUUUAUUUCCCAGGGGCGGAAAGGUUGGCCUGGCUUUCAUGAGAACAGAUAAGGGGACUUGACAUUUUUCCUCCCUUAUAAAAGAACGCUGCUUUGUGAUGCCCUCCUCUAAUAAAGAGGAGAGCUGCUCCUGUUGAUUUAGGGGUUUAGUCUGUUUGAUUUGAGUCACUGUUUCUUGAACCGUGCUGGAGUCCAAGAAGGCAACAGUGCCAUUUUACCAAACUGUAAGUCGAGCACCUCUCUGAAAUACUGUUGACUUAGAGCAGUAAGUCAAUGAAACAGCUUUUUCUUACAGAAAACUUGAAGGGAAAAUAAUUAAAACAAAUGGAGUGGUGUUUACAUCUCUGCUUGUAUUUGAGCACUGGCUCUCCCCUACCUGAUGUCAGCUGAGGUUUUGUCUGAUGAAAACCACAGGGUAGUUUUUUAUGUUUUGUUUAUUCUUUUACUCUGUGUGUGUGUAUGUAUAAAUAUAUCUGAUUUUUUUUUUUACUUCUGUCUCUCAUUCAGUGCUCUCAGAAUAAGCAGCAUUCUCCAGCCUAUAGUCUGAACAGCCAGCCUGCCAAAAAAUGCCAUCUGCUCCCCAAAGCAUCACAAAGGUGCUCUGAUUCGUACCUGAGAGGUGGGUGGAAGCACACGUGUGAGCUCAGUGCCACUCCUGCACUGCUGCACUGCUCCUCCCAGCUCAUGCCAAACCAUCAGACAGGUGAGAAAGGUAACCAGAAAAGCUGGCUGUUGGCCUGAGCUCCUUUGGGAAGCCAGGAGGGGCUGCCAGGCUACCUGCCCUUCCCUGAAAUGGCCAGUUGAAGGUGAAGUAAGAAGAGUGGGGGUCCGGGGCCAGGGCUCAGCUGUGUCCAAUUCCUCUGCUUCAGCUGAGCUGCUGCAGUGAAGUUGGGGGCAGCCCCUCCGUCACACCGAUGUAACUGAGCUGUAUCUCCUCCUGUAUGCAGAGAUACGGCUGGUUCCUGACUUCACCUCUGCUCUCUGGCCCCUGUUUGACUUCAGAGGCCCCUCCCAAACCUGAGUUAAUCUGUGAUUUCUGCCCUCAGCCAAACCCACAACCUGUUCUUCCUUGCCUUUGCCAAGUCCCCAUAACACAGACAACAGACCAGGCUCCCUUGCCCAACGAGUCUCUAAAGCUGCACCCUUUUGCAAUCCCCUGGUGACUGCAGCACCCUGGCACCCGUGUCAGCACAGACCUUGCAGCAUCCCACAGCAGCAGAGCUGGAAUCUGCCCCAGCUCUGGGAGCUCAAGAAAAUCAUCCCCCAGCUGCCACCAACAGCAGGCUGCUGGCACUGCAGCAGGUUGGACACAAACAGCCCAGCAGAUCCCACGUUUGCCUUUCAGACCUUUCCAAAUCCCACUCAAUCAGUGUAACAGCAAGGAGAAGCUUGUGUCAAGGUGUGUAAAACAAACCUGGGAUGUUUCAACAGCAAAGCAGGGAGGGCAGGAGCUGUCCUUACACAAGAUUUGCUGCUUUCAACCUAUUAGGUACCAUUUUCUACUGUUCCCAAGCAACAAAGGCAGAGGAAGGGGUCUGAUCCCAUUUUUUUGCAAGCUGGCUGGGGCGUGAUGUGUGCCAUUCUCCAUUCUUGUGCC